AUGGGUUCAACCGCUCUUCCAGGAUGGCGACAGCUAAGUGUCGGCGUGAUUGGUGGCGGUAUUGGUGGCAUGUCCGUGGCUGUUGCCCUCCGCUGUGCGGGCCAUGACGUUACCAUCUACGAACGAGCAGAGUUUGUUGGCGAGGUAGCCGCAUCGGUGUCUUGUGCUGCCAAUGGUACUCGCUGGCUAAAAGAGUGGAAGGUAGAUGUCUCUAAAGGCGACCCAGUGAUUUUGAAAAGGCUGAUUGACCACGACUGGAACACUGGCGAGCUGGUUAGUGUUUAUUAUUUGACCGACUUUAAGGAGCGCUGGGAAUAUGUCUUCAACAUGUUCCAUCGCCAAUAUAUGCAUACCAUGUUAAAGGAGACUGCACUCGAGGAGGGCGGUGAGGGAGUACCAGCCACGUUGCUUGUGAACCACAAGUGCGUUGAUAUUGAUCUGGAUCAUGGCAAGAUUAACUUCGAUCAUGGCGCCGUUGCUCAGCAUGACUUCAUCGUCGCAGCUGACGGCGCUGGCUCGACUGUCCGUGGUAUUCUUAGCAUCGUCCCGCACAAGAAGCCUUGCGAUAGUACCUGUCUGUAUGCUAAUGUAACUAGGGAGGCUGUCGACAGGCUUGGCAUUAUCAACUUUGCCCUCAACUCCUCUCUAGAGUACUGGGGCGGUCAAGAAGGCAAGUGGGAUAGGGUCAUCCUCUCAUCAUGCAACGGCGGCAAUCUUCUCUCUUAUUAUUGCGUGUCCCCUCGAGAGAAGGGAGACUACCAGAACCAAAGCUGCGGUGGUGCCGAUCUGAGUGUCGACGAGCUUCUGGCUCCGUGUCUCGAUCUCGUUUUUUCUAUUCUUGAACUUCUCCUGUGCCAAAUAACCAACUUCUAA